AUGCUGGGUCUUCAAGAAGAUAAACUAUGUGGAAUUAUUUCUGCUCUGGCAGCGCUGUCCUUUGUCUGCUUCGCACAAAGUCCCAACGAUAAGACCGGCAUCUCUGUGGCCAAGAGGACGGUGGACAAACUACUGAAGGGAUAUGACAUUCGCCUUAGACCCGAUUUUGGAGGUCCUCCAGUUGUUGUUGGAAUGAGCAUCAACAUCGCCAGUAUUGACUCGAUAUCAGAAGUCAACAUGGAUUAUACCAUCACAAUGUAUUUUCAACAAAGUUGGCGAGAUAAGCGACUGGCCUACACAGAGAUGGACCUUAACCUGACACUAGACAACCGUGUAGCAGACCAGCUUUGGCUACCCGACACGUAUUUCCUCAACGACAAGAAGUCCUUCCUGCAUGGGGUGACGGUGAAGAAUCGCAUGAUACGGCUCCAUCCAGAUGGCACAGUUUUGUACGGUCUGAGGAUAACAACCACUGCAGCGUGCAUGAUGGACUUGAGGAGAUACCCCUUGGAUGAGCAGAACUGCACCUUGGAGAUCGAGAGCUACGGAUACACUACGGAUGACAUAGUGUUCUUCUGGCAAGGAGAGGGCAACAGCGCGGUUACUGGAGUGGACAAGCUGGAGCUCCCUCAGUUCUCCAUCAUGGACCUGGGUCUGGUAUCCAGGGAGGUGAAAUUCACCACGGGUUCUUAUCCUCGGCUGUCGCUGAGUUUCCGUAUCAAGAGGAACAUCGGCUACUUCAUCCUGCAGACCUACAUGCCCUCCAUCCUCAUCACCAUCCUCUCCUGGGUCUCCUUCUGGAUCAACUACGAUGCGUCCGCUGCCCGUGUGGCUUUAGGUGUUACCACGGUGCUCACCAUGACGACCAUCAACACCCACCUGCGGGAGACUCUUCCAAAGAUCCCAUAUGUGAAAGCCAUCGACGUCUACCUCAUGGGCUGCUUCGUGUUUGUGUUCCUGGCGCUCCUGGAGUAUGCGUUUGUCAACUACGUCUUUUUUGGCCGGGGCCCUCAGCAGCAGAAGAAGUACAGCGAGCGCUUCAACAAGGCCAACAACGAGCGUCCGCGCUAUGAGGACGCCAAACGGAUGAGAGAUCAGGACCCCUUGACUGCACCAUUUCAAAGCAACACCCUCAGGUCGUACACACAGAGGAGAAACCUCUAUGGAAACCUCUCCAUGGAGCAGCAGAGAAAAGUGGGGUUGGACCAGUACGGCAACAUCCUCCUCACCAACCUGGACAUGAACAACGAAGUGCUGACGUCCGACAUGGGCAGCAUGGGCACCUUGGGCGACUCCCGCGACUCCGUCAUGUCCUUUGAGAACAGCGGCGUGCAGUUCCGCAAGCCCAUGGCGUCGCGAGACGGCCUGAGCAUGGCCGGCUACAGCAGCCACCACUCGCUGGACCGCGCCACCAUGCGCAGCCGCGCUAACUGUCGACUGCGCAGGCGCUCCUCCAAGCUGAAGCUGAAGAUCCCCAACCUGGCGGACGUCAGCACCAUCGACAAGUGGUCCCGGGUAAUAUUCCCCAUCAUGUUUGGCUUCUUCAACCUCAUCUACUGGUUGUACUAUGUGAAUUGAUAAACGCAGCCGCCUUCGAGGAA